GCGUGACCAGCGCGCGACGUCAGACCUCACGAGCGCAGCUUGUUUUGGAGGAAGUGAAGAGAGCUACGUUCAGCUAGCAGCUAGCCGCUUAGCCUGACAGAAAAACUGUGAAAUCAUGACAUCAAGGAAGAAAGUUCUACUCAAAGUCAUCAUCCUUGGAGACUCUGGAGUUGGGAAGACUUCUCUAAUGAACCAGUAUGUGAAUAAGAAGUUCAGCAACCAGUACAAAGCCACGAUUGGCGCCGAUUUCCUGACGAAAGAAGUCAUGGUGGAUGACAGACUUGUCACAAUGCAGAUUUGGGACACAGCAGGUCAGGAGAGGUUCCAGUCUUUGGGUGUAGCUUUCUACCGUGGAGCAGACUGCUGUGUGCUGGUGUUCGAUGUGACCGCACCCAACACCUUCAAGACCCUAGACAGCUGGAGAGACGAGUUCUUGAUCCAGGCCAGCCCACGAGACCCAGAGAAUUUCCCUUUUGUGGUGCUGGGCAACAAGAUUGACCUGGAGAACAGACAGGUACCAACCAAGCGGGCACAGCUUUGGUGUCAGAGCAAGAACAACAUCCCGUAUUUCGAGACCAGCGCCAAGGAGGCAAUCAACGUGGAGCAGGCCUUCCAGACUAUCGCACGCAAUGCUCUUAAACAGGAAACCGAAGUGGAGUUGUACAAUGAGUUCCCCGAGCCAAUAAAGCUGGACAGGAACGAGCGAGCCAGGCCUUCAGCAGAGACCUGCAGCUGCUGAGGCCUCUGCUCUGAGGAUCAUCAGGGGCUCGUCAUCGCCCGCAUCACCCUGUCUUGCCUUGUCUAUUUAUCCCCUCCCCGUGGCCCCGCUGUGUUACGCCCUGACGUCCAACAUACAAGCAGCGUUCCCGCUCAUGAGAGUAUAUUACUACACACAAACAUGCUGCACCCACCUCCUUAUAUAAAUAUAUAUAUACAAAAUACAUUUUCUAUAAAAUAGUCUUUUAGUCCAAAGAACACUUUAAGGAAAGAAUUAGGUGUCUAUUUGUUUGAAGCUUGUUUCCUCCCCAGUCUUUGCCCCUCUUACUUGUCCUUGGUGGUUUGGGGCUGAAUUUCCUUCCAUUUCAUGUAUUUCCUGCUUUCACUCCCAGUGUGCUCCCAACUGCUUGUAUUUUGAUACUUAAAGUGGGAAAUCAAAGCAUUACUUCUGUAUGUAUUUUGAAUUUCUGACUUGGACAAAUAUUGUUUUGUGUUUUUUUUUUCUUCUUUUUUUUUAAUAAUCAAAAUGUCUGUAAUUGUGGUGGUUAUUUUCUCGGUCCACCACUGCUGCACGAACAGAGGAAACACUGCUGCUCCAUAUUUUCCCUAAUACUUGUUACAGUGAUAUAUAUAUAUACUGCUCAAAAAAAUAAAGGGAACAUUUAAGUGUUCACUUAAGUGUUUAACUGUUCCCUUUAUUUUUUUGAGCAGUGUAUAUACAGCCUGGACCGCAUAAAAGAAAUCCCUACUUCAGCAGGGCUUUUGUGUGAAACUAAACAAGUGAAUUAGAUGAAAAUAAUGGUGGCUGACUCUUAAAAAAUUGGCAUAUAAUUGAGAAUCAAGUGGGUGGGGGGGAAAGUCAAUCUGACAAAUAUGUAGUUAUUUAUCCUCACUUUGCAACCAUGCUGUCAUACCCAGUAGCUUAAAUUUAUGGAGACGACUCAUUUCGAGCCACACAAUAAAUGUGAUUGUAGCUUAGGUUGGGACUUUUGAUCUAAGCGCUGCUCCUCUGUUGGGAAAAUGAAGGUUCAUCUUGUAAUCUUUUACUGUUCUCACAUCAUUUCACAUGGGAACCAGCUGCAUCAAUACAGCAUGCCAGAUAAACCGGGAGGAGAGCUGUUUUUUUUUUUUCUUUCUGAAAUAACUCCUAUUAUUAAAUAUGUUUCUUUUACAAGACUUUGUGUAUAAUUGCGAAUUUCUCAAUCAUGGUUUAGGGAAGGCAAAGAAAGCUGUUGUAAAUCUCCAUAUCCGACUGCCAACUCGCCUGUGGCGGCAAACAGUUCAAGUACUUCUCAUCUUAUUUUAACUGAUUGGAUCUUUAACUGUUGGUUUGUAUUAUACUGAGAGCUAGAAAUUCAUCGUAGAGUCUAAAAUAGCACACAUACUGUAACUGACUCUUAAAAAGACACAUGGAAGUCUUUGGCAUUCAUCAUUAUUAGAAUAUGGUAGUGCACAACAUCUACAUUGUUUCAAAAUGUCUGCGUUUCAAGUAAUAUGGAUAAUAAAAAAAUCUUGACUUAA